UGUUGGUCGCUAGGCGACGUCGUCGCGCGCGCCGCUGUCUGCGUCAUUUCCUGUGGAGAGCUCGCUGGUCCGCGCGAGCCGCUGCUCCAGCUUCUUAUGGAGAGAGAAGUAGUGCGGUGUGUGAGUGACGGGCGGGCGCGUGCUCUCUCCGCUGCUCUCCGGUGCUGAACGCGGGAGGAAAGUUAUCCUCCGCAAACUGAGGCUCUUUUAUAUCACUGCAUCUCAGUAAUAACGGGAUUGAAAUGAUCUGCAUUCAACUUGGAGGUGUUGCGGAACUUGCUGGGGUCUGGCUCAGGUUCUGAGAUUUUUCUGUCAGGAUCGUUUCUGUUUCCUUUUACACGCUGAUCAUCAUCAUCAUCAUCAUCAUCAUCCUUCUCUAAAGAACAGCUUUUUAAAACAGUUGCAGAGUUUACUGUGUUGGUAAAGUGCUUUAAAUACUCGGGGAAACUAUUGCGUAAUAAUAUCUUCUCUGAAUGUGUUCUCUGAGUGAGUAACCUUUCCACUGAAGAAGUUAACUCUUCAGUUAAUGGAGCAUAUAUACAUACAUAUAUCUAUAGGGGUGUGUGUGUGUGUGUGUGUGUGUGAGGGAUAUCUCUGUUUGGAAAUCAGCUAAUCAGCUUUCUAGCCCUGUAUAAUUACGAGUAGGCAUUUUGACUGUUUUUAUUAUUAUUAUUAUUAUUAUUUAAUUUUUAAUUUAAAAAAAAAAUCCCCGACUGCAAUGCUGACGUCUAAAUUUGCGAUUUUUUUUUUAGACUACAGCAAUUCAUUAUAACGACUUAAGAACAGAUGUGUGUGUGUGUGUGUGUUUCUUGAUCCCGAACACACUUCAGAAGAAGCUUUAAAGCAGCGAUUUUACAGAAAAUGCACUAAAUAUUAAGCGGUUAUUUCCAGUCUGUAGUCUUUGCUGGUGUGCUGAAAGCUUAAUACUGACUUCUAAAGUGAUCAUUUCACUAAACACAUGUUUACUAACUACACUGGCGCUUAACAUUCAUCUUGUUUGGUCGGAAUAUGAUCAGAAUUCACUCUAUAUUGUGUUAUGAGUGAUAAAUCUCUUAGACAUUUGGCUUCAGACUAUAUAUUUUAUAUUUCUGGGGAUAGUGUUGACGUAGGAUUCCUUACUGCUGAUAUUAUAGAUUAGAAAACUGUUAAAAACACACUAGAGAAGGCAGAAAUGAGGAGCAGGAUGACGGGUCACUGCAUGCCGGGGUCUCGGUGUGCCUCUGUUCCGCAUUGUGUCCGAAAUGGCACCCUACUCCCUAUUCCCUACACACUGCAAAGUGCACUCUGGGUGCUUUGCGUCCAUUAAGCUGCACCGUUUGGACACUGAGCUUCUACAGAGCAUCGUGUGACUUUAGGACUGCGCCAGAUAUUCUGCAGCACGCUUCCAGACAUGAAUAAGAAACGGCAAAAGUCUCUCACUAGUGCACUUUAUAGUGAAUAAGUGGUUGUUUUAAGACGCACGCACGCACGCACGCGAUGAGCUCGGAGCUGGAGCGCGUGUCGCUCAAGUCGCGGGCGAACUCCGUGGGCUCGGGCGGUCGCGCGCUCUCCGUUAACGUCCAGCGGCUGCACGACUCUCUGCACGUGCUGCUCAGCGACACCGAGCGCGAGCAGUUCGCGCACUGCCUGAGCGUGUACCACGCCAAGCGCAACGUCUUCGACCUGGUGCAGACGCUCAGAGUGAUCCUCGACACACCCGGCAAACGCCAGCUGCUGCCCAUGCUGCGCCUCGUGCUCCCCCGCGCAGACCAGCUGCUGUUCGACCAGUACACGUCCGAGGGCCUGUACCUGAAAACAGAACCGCCUACGACUGCCGUGGACACGCACCACGCACCCGGAGAAGUAAAUCACGCAAACGCCGUUACGAGCGCCCACGCGCGCGCGCCCUCGGUGCACUUCGCCAGCGCGGCGGAUUUCAGCACCGCGGCUGAAGGGACAGCGCACGACGACACGCGUCACGUGACCCUGAAACGCUCCAAGAGCCACGAGGGCCUCGGUUUCAGCAUCCGCGGCGGCGCAGAGCACGGAGUGGGGAUCUACGUGUCCCUGGUAGAGCCGGGCUCCUCAGCAGAAAGAGAGGGACUCCGCGUGGGAGACCAGAUCAUUCGAGUCAAUGACGUGGUGUUUGACCGGGUCACCCAUGGAGAGGCAGUCAAGGUGCUGAAGGGAUGCAAGAAGCUCUGCUUAUCAGUGUGUUCGAUGGGGCGGAUCCCUGGAGGUUAUGUGACCAAUCACGUGUACACAUGGGUAGAUCCUCAGGGCCGAAGCAUCUCUCCGCCCCCUGACCUGCUGGAGCAGCAUACUGCAGGCGGACGACACAGCCAGCGCCGUGGACACGCCCCACAACAAGGGGCGGAGAGAAGGGUCACCAUCUCCUUGGACGAUGGACGUCCGCUGGGUCUGAUGAUACGCGGAGGAGCAGAAUAUUCCCUCGGCAUUUACAUUGCCGGAGUGGACCACGGAUCAGCAGCAGAGUGUGGAGGUUUAAAGGUUGGAGAUCAGAUCAUGGAGGUGAAUGGGCACAGUUUCUUCAGCAUUGCCCACGAUGAGGCUGUGCAGAUCCUCAAGAGCUCACACCACAUGCUGAUGACCAUAAAGGACGUAGGGCGUCUUCCUCAUGCCCGCACCGUAGUGGACGAGACCAAGUGGAUCUCCAGCCCACAAAUCGCAGAGAGCUCGGCCAGCGCUGCCCUAAGUGUGUCAGGAGAUGCUGGUGCUGGGAGCUCAGGAAAGGGCCUGUCGUCCCCGGCUCUGGCCCCAGGACUUAUGGGGGCUCGGAGUUCUUUGGAGGAGCAGGCCUAUCUGCUGCUGACCGAGGCAGAGAGACAGACCAUGACCUACUACAUCCAGGAGUACCAGUGUGGCCACAUCGGCGUGGAGCCUCUUGCUAUGGCCCUGUUCGAGCUCUUCAACACACACGCCAAGCUUACGUUGCUGGCAGAGGUGCGUGUUCUUAUUGCGCCUCAGGAUCUGGAGCGUUUUGAUGGCCAGGUCGUUCACCAUGAGAUGGAGGCUUGGAGGGUGAGACAUGGAGGCCUGGGCCUGCUGCACCACGCCAAGCCCAUCUGCAGCUCUCAUCCUGAGGGUCAUGUCCCAACUGCCUGCCAGAUGACUGCUUCACCAAUGGGCUAUGCUAAGAAUGAGUGCAGGAUGGAUGGAAGCGUGGAGGCAGGACCUGCGGGGGCUUUUAACUCCCUACCGGAAAUAGCUUUGGAUGAAGUACAAUCUCGUAUCGAGUCUCCACCUAAUUUCAGACCACCACCUCCCCCUGUACACGGAAGUCCGAAGGUCCAGCUCAAACGCCCUACGUCUAAACUGUCCCAAACCAACCUGCUCUUUACAGCCCCCUGCAGGAUGCACCAGGAAAGUCAUACUCUUAACCACACCAACCCACACACACACCCAUCCUGCUCAGCUCACACUUCCCCAUGCAUUGUCCACCACAGCUCCUCCCCCUGUGUCUCCCAUCGCUCUCCUCCUCCCUGCUCCCUCCAUCGUUGCUCUCCAUGUUCUCUGCAUCGCUCCAGACCCUCAGUUGCACCGCCAGCCAAAGACCUCGUCCAGUUUCUGAUGAGCAAGCAGGCGGCCAUGUUGCCACCCCAUCCGGAAUCUUCAAGCCGCUCGCGAGCUGCCACUCCGACCCCCAGCGGGUCCGCUCGCUCCUCUCCAUCCCUCUCACCCUCGCUGCGUAUACCUGCACCGCCACCUUGCAGCCCGGAAAAACCCGAGGUCACGAUUUCGGCACCUGAAAUGAGCCCCAGCAUGGCUCGCCACCACAGACUCAACCCUGAGCAGGAGACUGCAGAGGAGAAGACGCGGAUCCAACCACGAGGGGCUACUCUAUCCCAGCUCUCAGACAGUGGACAGACCCUGAGUGAGGACAGUGGCGUGGACAUUGCAGAGGCAGGGGGAUUGUGUAAGGACAGCAGUCCUCGGCCUGGUAAAGCUGUAUCCCAGAAUGCAUCAGGAGAGCCGCAGGGGGCAGAGAGAGCAGCACAGGUUCCCAAUCACCAGUCAGGGCAGUCUGGGCCUACACUGGUACGGGUGUCCAAGAGUGCUAAUACGCUCGGCAUUGCUGUGGAAGGUGGCGCCAACACUAGACAGCCUCUUCCACGCAUCGCAUCUAUACAGAAAGGGGGCUCGGCUCAUCUAUGUGGGCAGUUGCGGGUAGGUCAGGUGAUCCUGGAGGUCAACGGCAUGUCUCUCAAAGGCAUGGAGCAUCGAGACGCUGCACGUGUCAUUGCCGAGGCCUUUAAGACCAAAGAGAAGGACUACAUUGACUUCCUGAUCGCCGACUUUAAUGUUGCCCUAUAAAAGGUGACAGAAACAUUACAUAAAGCUAAGCAGACAUUGCACCUUAAUGAACGUGGACACAGGUGGACAAUAAGGACAUAUACAGGAGGACUUGGCCAAGCUGGAGUCCCGCAAGUAAAAAAAUAUCCUUCAUCUUGCCCGAUCACAUUGCCUGCUUAUUAAACAGACUUUUUUCAGGGUCACAGAAAUGAGGUCCUGCUUUGCUUUCAUUUUGUAUUUGUGUCCCACCAGGCAUCCAGGAUUUGUUCGUGUUUAUGAGGUAGGCUAUGAUAAUGGGACAAGCGCUGAGGUUUUAGGUUGAUUAUUAAAAUCCAUCUCGUGAAGCAGCAGGAAAAUGAAAGCUUGAAAUGACUUGUCUCUGCCCCGUGCUCAAGGACAUCCCAGUGCAGACCAGAGAUAGAUGGAGAGAGCUAAUGGAUAGUGCUUAAAAACCACUUUGUCUGAGUAUGAGCAAUAUGGAUGGCUGGUGGCUUGCCCUCAUUUCACUCUCUGUCCCAUAUUUUAAAUAAUGAUGGGGACUUUAUAGCACUUUGGAUGCUGCUGUCUAAAUGGCAAAACAAAGCUAGGCUUAAGAAAAGCUGAAGAAGACUGUUAGCUUGAAUAUCAUUUCUCAUGCAGCCCCAACAACUAAUCUGAUGCACAAAUCACAUAUCAUAACCUAAUACUUAGAAGUGAUUAAUGUGUACUGCUCUAGAAAAAUGGUACAGCAUACAUAUUUAAAGGAACAUUUUGUAAUGUUUAGAGCCCUCUGCUGUCUGAGAGGUGAACUGCAAUUGCAAUGUAAACAUUUACGGACCUUUACUAUUUGCCCAAAACGGCCCCUCUAUUGUAGCUGGGGCGGGGCUUAUUUCUGGGUCAGAUAAAAGUUAACAAAAGUCUGAAAUUAAGAAACAAUCUAUUGCAUAGAAACUUUGGAAAUGACAGUUUUUCUGAUGUAUCUUUGAAAUUAUUGGUAUAUUACAGGUCUGUAUGCACUUUCAUACACUAUAAACUGCACCUUUAUGGGAAGCAAUGUUAGAAAUGUGCGUGAUGUGAAAAACAGUGCCAAAGAUAUUGACGCAGCGGUAUAUUAAUAAGCAACAUAUCUAGUCUUGAUGAUGAAUAUUCCCAGGCUAGCCCUGUGUCCAGUGAGGACUCUGAAGCACUGUAUGGAAGUGACGGCCUGGUGUUUGUGCACUUUAAGGAGUACCAUUAAGGGGCGUUUCUACUGAAAGACAGGUUAGCCCAUUGGGUAAAGGAAGUGAUUGUGCAAGCGUAGUUGAACGCAGGUCAAGAGACGACUUCUUCCAUCUUCUCUGUUUACCUUCACCAGAGUUUAAUAUUGCUUCAUCACAGCCCAUAGUGGUGAGUUUGAGUGAUUCUCACCCUCAAUAGAGAACAAUAUCAGAAUGUUGAGUGAUUUUUCAUCCUCAGUGAAGCAGCACAAUGGGCAAUAUUUAUGAGUGCUGUAUGUUAUUGUUUGGCAUUUACAUUAUCAGGAUAUGUUCGAAAUCUUCAUGAGGACUUUCCCAAAGAAACCAUGUAACAGUGGUUCUGUGACUUAGUUGAGAAUGACAAGACCAUAUUGUUUUGCGGGAAUGGGAACGUGGGUGAACGUGACAUAAUGGGGACAUUUUAUAGCCUUUGGUCAUGAGGUGACAACUUUGCCAUUCAACAAGGAAAUAAGCGAAUGGCGAAACUCCGCUAGUUAAGUAAAGAGCCCGGCGGCCCUCCAUUAGUCAUAGAAUAAUGCUUGCGUACAUCUUCCUUUUUAAUUUACAAACAAUAUUUUGAAUAUUUUGGCAGUGCACACAAACAGACAAACAUACAGUCUGUUUAGCCACCAGUUUGAUCAGUAAAUGAAAGAAAAAAAUUAUAAUAAGAGGAAACGCUUGCAGUGUGAUUCAAUACUCGAUUUCUUCCUCUCUUCUCCUCUUACCCUUUCUAGCCCUAGCUCUUAUUUAUCUCUAACAAUCAUUAAUUAGCCUCAAAGGCUUUGCCAUGCUGCUCAAAGUAAUGACAGAUCUAUUUUUAGAAUGAUUUCUGAUGAGAUGAUAGGAUUAUUGAGAUGUUUAUAACAGUAUUUUUGACAUCAGAUAUAUAAUUCACUUAGAAUAAUGAUUUAGUUUUGUUGAUAUAAAUGCAUGUCAUAUCCCCCAAAUAGCCCUAUAUAAACAUGCAGAGCAUUACUGAAGCUGUGUGUGUGAGUGUGUGUGUGUGUGUGUGUGUGUGUGUGUGUGUGU